AUGGAGCAGGAUCAGGCCGCUCAAGAGGGAGAGGAGGUGGCUGCUCGCCCCGCCAGAGAGUACCCCUUGAGUAUCGCGGAGAAGAGGAGAUUAAGGGACUGUCAGCAGGCUGAUAUAAGAUAUUUAUCUGGAUGGAAACAGUGGAAAAGAACUAGCAGCAAAUCAUUGAAAAAAGUCCUCAAUGAAGUCAAGGAGUUGUCAUCUUACCUGAAGCUUUGGCGACAUGAUAUUCACAGCAUAGAAGGGAAAUUUGGUACUGGCAUCCAGUCCUACUUUUCCUUCCUGCGUUUUCUGGUCCUGCUGAAUUUUAUAAUUUUUAUCCUGAUGUUCAGUUUUGUUAUCCUUCCCAGCGUCAUCUCUAAAUAUGGAGUAUUCAACAGUAGCUUUGCUAAAAUUCCUCCAAAAAACAUAGAGCCUCACUGCACAGUUUAUAAACCUAGCGGUAAUAAGGGACUUGUUUACUUCUAUACUUACCUCGAAGAUUUGUUCAGUGGCACUGGGUUCCUUGAAGUGACAAGUUUGUUUUAUGGCUAUUACACAAUAGAUGCUGCAUGGAUCAGUAUGCUGAGGUACAACUUGCCACUAGCAUAUCUGCUGGCUACGUUUGCCUACCUUGCAUUAAGUCUCAUCUGGAUACUAAAAAGGUCUGUGGAAGGAUUUAGGCAGAACUUGGUGCAUGCUGAAGAUCAAUUUCAGAGUUACUGUAACAAAGUCUUUGCAGGCUGGGACUUCUGCAUUACAGAUCCAAAUGCAGCACGGCUAAAACAUCGCAGCUUGCAAUAUGAGCUCCAGACAGACUUGGAGGAAGAGAGACUGAAGCAAAAAAUAGCUGACAGGACAAUGAAAGAAAAGCUGCGCAUCUACUCGCUGAGAAUAUUUAUAAAUAUAAUUGUCAUUGCAGUUCUAUCAGGAUGUUUUUACUCUAUUUAUAGAGCAACUGUCUUCUCUCAAGAAAACUCCAGUGACGUCAGCAACAUGAACUCCCAGGCUAAUCUCUUAGUGCAGUAUUUACCUUCUAUAGUGAUCACACUGGCCAACUUCAUUGCUCCUCAGAUCUUCUCAUUUCUGAUCAGAUUUGAAGAUUAUUCACCAGCUUUUGAAAUCAGGCUGACAUUGAUGAGGUGUAUCUUUGUGCGGUUGGCCAAUAUCGGUGUUCUCUUGUUCUCGCUGUGGAGUCAGAUCUCCUACUGUGCCACCGAUGAGUGUAAGGCCUGUGGAUACAAUUACGAACUCUAUCCUUGCUGGGAAUCUGAAGUUGGGCAAGAAAUGUAUAAACUGAUGAUAUUUGAUUUUAUGAUAAUUGUUGCUGCAGUCCUGUUUAUGGGCUUUCCUAGAAAGUUGCUAGUUACUCAUUGCUCUUGGAAGCUAGUUCAGUGGUGGGGAGUGCAGGAAUUUGGAAUUUCUGACAAUGUCCUGGAAAUCAUAUAUGGGCAGACUAUCUGCUGGAUUGGAACCUUCUUUUCACCACUUCUCCCUGCAAUAGCAACUAUAAAAUACUUCAUCAUCUUUUAUAUUAAAAAGAUCAGUUUGAUACACACAUGUAAGCCUGCAGCUCGGCCUGUCAGAGCAUCAAGUUCCAAUUUUUUCUUCUUGGUGGUGCUGUUGAUUGGGCUCUUCUUGGCUUUUAUUCCUUUGGGAAUCAGCAUAGCACAUAUCCCUUCCUCCAAGGCAUGUGGGCCGUUCAGGAAUUUUAAUACUUCAUGGGCAGUUGUUCCGGACACAAUACGUGAGUUUCCAACAGGUCUGCAGCAGGUCCUUUAUGGCAUAGCAUCAGAAGCCUUUGCAGUGCCUUUUUUUAUGGUCAUUUGCCUCAUUAUGUUCUAUUUUAUUGCACUGGCUGGAGCACACAAACGAGUGGUUGAGCAGCUGAGGGAGCAACUGGUUCUGGAGGGUCGUGACAAGCUAUUCCUGAUCAGAAAGAUAGCAGAAGCUCAGAGGCAUCCUUGA